AUUUGACUGACAGAUUACAUGGGUUAUGCCCCCUCGGAUAAUCAUGGUGCUAAUUGCGUAUCAUGCCCAUGGGAUAAUAUAUAAAACCGGAAAACGCUUUUCGAUCGGAACCAGAAGCUCGGCCCGACCGUCUGUUCAAGUUACCCCUAACAAUGAAGGCUGUUCCCACCCUCCUCGUUUUACUGGCUGUCGCCUUGGCAACAAACGCGCAAAUAGGGCGAUUUAACCCGUUUAAUCGGUUUGGUGGCUUUGGACGCAUUGGCAGACUCGGAGGAGGCUUUGGAGGCUUAAGAGGCUUAGGAGGCUUAAGCGGACUCGGCAACGUCGGUAGUAGUUUCGGCUUCCUGUCCGUUCCGAGAACCACUGUCGGCUUUGGCUUCGGCUUCCCCACAACAGGAACCGGACAAACCAACUUUAACGGUCUAAACGGAUUCAAUAACUUUCAGCCGGGCCUGAACGGGUUCCAGGGAUUUCCGGGUUUCUCCGGUUUUACUGGGGCAAACAUAAAUGGUUUAAACCAAUUCGGUUUCAACAACGGAUUCAACGGAUUCACCAACGGGUUGAACGGAUUGAACGGAUUGAACGGAUUCACCAACGGGUUGAACGGAUUCAACACCGGAUUGAACGGAUUCAACACCGGAUUGAACGGAUUCAACACCGGAUUGAACGGAUUCACCAACGGAUUCAACACCGGAUUGAACGGAUUCAACACCGGAUUGAACGGAUUCACCAACGGGUUCAGCGGUUUCACGGGAUUAAAUGGAUUCACCGGAUUUAAUAGCAAUGGUUUAACUUUACCAACCACAACCGGGACAGGUACUGGGACGGGUACAGGAACGGGAACUGGAAUUGGUGACGGCAUCAAUGGGUAGAACGGGUUUGAAAACAGGUAUCACACUCCCGGAAGUCCUUUACGUUGCUCCGUCGCUUGUCUGGUUGCCUCAGCUGUAGGGUCGGAGAAAGAAAAUAAGAAAAUAAAGCUCUUGAGCACU